AUGGGAUCUUUACCUGUCGACAGAAUUAAGCCUACGCGAGCAUUCACUAUUACUGCAGUGGAUUUUGCCGGUCCAAUAGUCACACUUGUCAACAAGAGACGAGGUCGGAGAACGUGUAAAUCUUACAUAGCAUUAUUUAUAUGCUUCUCCACAAGAGCUAUUCAUUUAGAAGCGACAAGUGAAUUAACAACGGCAGCGUUUCUAGCUGCUUUGCGCAGAUUCGUAGGUCGUCGAGGUUUACCAAGCAAAAUUUGCAGCGAUAAUGCUACAAAUUUUAUAGACGCUAAGCGAGAGCUAAGUGAACUCUACGCAUUUAUACGUUCAUCAAUUAAUGGAAGUGUUGGUGAUGCCUUACAAGAAAGGGGUAUAGAGUGGAGCUUCAUCCCAUCUUACUCACCUCAUCUUGGUGGCUUAUGGGAAGCAGGAGUAAAAUCUUGCAAAUAUCAUUUGAAACGAGUAAUGGGCAAUACUUUAUUCACGUUCGAGGAAUUAACUACGUCUCUAGUGCAAAUUGAGGCAUAUUUGCAACCUUUAACUCCGGGACAUUUCCUCGUAGGAGAGCCGUUGAAUAGUCUUCCUGAGAACGAUUUAACUGACGUUGGGAUCAAUCGCCUCGAUAGAUGGGAAAAAAUUCAGCAUUCCGUCCAAGAUUUUUGGAAACGGUGGGUGGCCGAGUACGUGUCCAAUCUACAAAGUCGUGUUAAAUGGAAAUCAAGACAGGAAAAUGUGAAGAUCAACGAUCUUGUUCUUCUGAAGGAUGAUAAUCUUCCGCCCUUAAAAUGGAAAACAGGUCGCAUAACCAAGCUUCAUGCUGGCAAGGAUAAUUUAGUGAUUAAUGGUAUUUGUAAACGAGCUAUAGCCAAACUUUGUAAACUACAUGUAAGCGAUGAUACCGAUAAUAAAGAUUAG